AGCCGGACCCGGAUCAGGAUCAGGAUCAGGAUCAGGAUCCGGCCGGGUCUUCCCGGGAGCGGGGCAGGCCGGGCCGGGAGGGAUCGCUGCGGGCCCGGCCGCGGCCCCGGUGGCCUCCGAGAGCCGCAGGGCCGCGCGGUACCCGUGCGGGGCUGCCAGAGGUGGCGGGCGCGGAGCGGGGCGGAGUGCGCGGUCCGGUGCCCGGCGGCACCGGGAGCGGUGCCACACACCCUCCCAAAUCCCGGCACGGGUGACAGCAUGGCCUUGCCUCACGGCCCGCCUUGUCCAGCCAAACCACUGGUGACGGCAGCGCUCCAUUCGCCCUCGCUCGCCAAACAACGAAAAAAUAUAGAUAACAAAACGCAGAUAACAAAAACCUUCACAAAACCUGCAUUAUAAAAUUCCGUAAUAUAAUGCAGCAAAUAAAAGCAGUAUACAGGAGGUAUCAGUGGAAAACCCCUUGAAUUUCACGAUCUGUAUUUUUUAAAUAUGUUGUAUAAUAUAUAGUGGAAUGUCAGCAAACUCACAAUCCAUUAUUACCAUUCAAGCUAAAAAACCACUUUAUUUUUUCAUACCCCACUGAAUAGUAGUCAUUACUGUGUGUGUUACUAUUAUUACUGUUUAUGUUAAUAUACUGUAUGUUGGGCAUAGCUUAACAUGCAUUUACUAUUAAUCACUCAGGAGGACCCAGACUAAUGCUGUGCUACUUCUGUUAUUUCUAGAUUCUUCUGAGUGUAGAAGUGUGAAGAACAAGGGUAUGUGUUGCUUUUCUCUGUGUAUACAUCCAGGUGUGGUGACAGGUGACAGAUUUCUAAUCUUCCAAAGUUGUUGAAAAGUGACUGGAUGCUUUACUUCACAGUACACUGAGAUCAGAUGGUUCUGAAAAGAUUUAUGGCAUCCACCAUGGUGUCUCUGUGCUGGAAGCUGCCCAUCUGCUUUCUCUUCUACCAAGUGGUCUCAGGAAGGGUGAGGAGGGAGGGGCACUACGUGGCGGCUGUGUACGAGCACGAGUCCAUCCUGAGCCCCACCCCGGCGGCGCUGGUGGAGCGACGCUCCGCGCUGGAGCUCAUGGGCAGGAACCUCGACAUCUACGAGCAGCAAGUGCAGGCUGCUGCCAGGCAGGGAGCCCAGAUCAUUGUUUUUCCUGAAGAUGGAAUCCAUGGCUUCAACUUCACCAGAAGCUCCAUUUACCCUUACUUGGAUUUCAUUCCACAUUCACACUCUGGGAAGUGGAAUCCCUGCAGAGAGCCCUAUUUGUACAAUGACACAGAGGUGCUUCAGCGCCUGAGCUGCAUGGCUCUGAAGAACAAGAUAUUCCUUGUGGCCAACCUGGGCACCAAGCAGCCGUGCGAGCGCGCGGAGCCGCGCUGCCCGCCGGACGGGCGGUUCCAGUUCAACACCAACGUGGCGUUGGCCGCCGACGGCGCGCUGCUGGCCGCCUAUCGCAAACACAACCUGUACUUCGAGAACGCCUUCGACACCCCCGCCGAGCCAGAGCACGCGUUCUUUGACACCCCUUUUGCUGGCAAGUUUGGCAUGUUCACCUGCUUCGAUAUACUCUUUUUUGAGCCUGCAGUGAGCCUCAUCAGACAAUACAAUUUGAAGCAAAUCGUUUAUCCAACUGCCUGGAUGAACCAGCUCCCGCUUUUGUCUGCUGUAGAGUUUCAACAAGCUUUUUCAACAGCUUUCAAUGUCAAUAUUUUAGCAGCCAACAUCCACCACCCUACCUUGGGCAUGACAGGGAGUGGCAUAUACACUCCAGUCAAAUCAUUCAUCUAUCACAACAUGGAAAGUUAUGGUGGCAAGCUCAUAGUAGCAGAAAUUCCUGUGAUUACUGCAGAUUAUAAAACCAAAUUAGAGAGUAACGAAAGAUUUAGAGAGAACUUACAUGACUCAUGCAGGACUUUUACAAGCACCUCACUGGAUGAUGAAGUUUGCUUUAAGGAGCAAGAGACUCCUGGCAGAGUAUCUGAAAAAGGAAAGGAACAGUCACCUCCUUCCUUUUAUGCAGAAAUGAUGUAUGACAACUUCACUUUUGUUCCGUUAUGGGGGGAAAAGGGAGAGCUCCAGGUUUGUGCCAAUAGCCUUUGCUGUUACUUAAACUAUCGCAGAGCUGCUCUGAGUGAUGAAUUGUAUGCUUUGGGAGUUUUUGAUGGGCUCCACACAGUGCAUGGCACAUACUAUGUCCAGGCCUGUGCCUUGGUGAAGUGUGGUGGUCUCAGCUUUAGCACUUGUGGACAGGAGGUCACGGAUGCCACUGCUCUGAUAGAUUUCCAGCUAUGGGGAAAUAUGAGCACCCCUUACAUCUUUCCUUUGCUGCUGACAUCUGGUAUUACCUUGGACUUUGCUGAUCACAUGGGCUGGAAAAACAACCACUAUUUCCUCAGCAAAAAUAGAACAUCUGCUGGCCUCCUGACAGCUGCUCUCUAUGGACGAUGGUAUGAAAAGGACUAGCACAGAUACUUGACUGAGUCAGAAAGCAACUGCCCAUAUGUUCAGAGUAUGUAUCUUAAGAGAAAUUGUUAAAUAUCCAUAUUUGCUAGAGGUUCAGGUGUGUUUGUCCCAUCACUGCCUGAUGAGGUCCCACAUUUGAAAUAAUGGCUGUUAGUACAGUCUGUACUCUGGUAGCUUAUGUCCUACCAGGAGUGAGAGAACUGCCUUGCAAAGGUAAAAGCUUGCUGUGAUCUGGUGAGAUGAUUUAUACCAGAAAAUAACACUUCUCAUUUCAACUGAAUUUGUUCCUUUUAAUUUAAUCCUUUGGUUUUUGGGGGCCCUGGCUGGGAGUGAGGAAAUUAAUAGAAUGGAAAACUACUGCAAGAGAAAAACCCAAACAAACAAAAUAAAGGGUAUUCUGCAUAACAUGGACAAAAACAUGUAGGUGUACACACAGUUGGCUUUUAUUUGCUGAAGUUCUCAUCUCUGGUUAAGGUGCCAUGAUUGGUUUUUUUUCUUAGAGUCAAAAACUUCCAGCUGAAAUCAUUACCAUGGACUGGCCACUCGGGUAUCUAUAAUCCUGUUACACAUUUAACUGAAUGUUACAGUUGUAAACAUUUACAGAAUGGCUAAUCUGAGAAACAGGGUAUCAGUGACUGUAAAAACCUAGACUGCAGCAAGACACAAUUCACAAGAAAUUAUGUUCAAAGAAAACAUCAGCAUUGAUUAUCAGUGGCCAUGUUAUGUACUGUUUGAGUACUUUAACUUUCCCUGUUUAAAAGAGCAGUCAUUUUAAGACUGUUUUGACUUUAAGACAUCUUACACACUGCUCAUGAAUUUAUUCAAGAGGAGUUAUGAAAAGCACAUAAUAAGCUGUGGGACAGCAAGGAUUUUGCAUCAAUGCUUCAUGUGCCAGAUGGCAGGUUUGUGUUGCUCAGUAAAACACACCUUUUUUUUCCAGAGCAAUAACUAGAUUAAGUGCUAUAGCUGUUCUACUGCAGUGAAGAAGCUGGGAAGAGAAUAUUCAAACGUUAUUAAUUUGGGGUUACAUUCAGACAAGUUAAGGUAUUCUCAAGCAUUAUCAUUUUAUGGGGUCUUAUUGGCUAUUAUGACUUCAUCUGGGUAAUGGCUGUUGAGUAAUGGAAUAAACACAACUGUUCCUUUGGUGA